CAGAACCAAAAGACGGGACGGCAAAAAAAAAAAUUGCUCAUCGUGUGUUGCGUUUCGUCGUGAUUUUCUGUUCUUGGGUGAUUUCAAGUGAGUUUUUGUUCUUGGAUUCGACAAGAAAAAGUGCUCCCGAUUACAGCGACAGCAAACGAAUAUUGAUUCGCAUCGUGAAUCGAACGGAACCAGGUUCACGGAGGAUUGAAGUGUGCCGUCGUCUCCUCCGUCAUGUCGGGAGCAAACAUCACUCGCAACGAGGUGGUGCAAUUCGUGCUGCGGAUCUCGCUGGUAUCGAUUGUCACCUACUAUUCGGCCAAAUGGCUCAUGAAGAACCUGGACCCGACCAACAAGAGCAAGAAGAAGGCCAUCGAGAAGGCGGAGGAUAUCCUUAAAAAACUUGGCCCGAACAUCAAAAGGAGCGCCCUUACCAAUCUGAACGACUACGAGCUGGUGAUUGCUUCGCAUCUGGUUGUCCCGGAGAACAUCACCGUCAGCUGGGAUAGCAUCGCCGGGCUGGACCAUGUCUGCCAGGAAAUCAAGGAAAGUUUGGUCUUUCCUGUGUGCCAUCGGGAUAUGUUCUCGGCAUCGUCGCUGUAUCAGGCCCCGAAGGGUGUUUUGCUGUAUGGACCGCCAGGAUGCGGUAAGACUCUGAUCGCCAAAGCAACUGCCAAGGAAGCCGGUAUGCGUUUCAUCAAUCUGGAUGUGGCCAUGCUCACGGACAAGUGGUACGGCGAAUCCCAGAAGCUGGCAUCGGCCGUCUUCUCGUUGGCCGUCAAAAUUCAACCGUGUAUCAUUUUCAUCGACGAAAUCGAUUCGUUCCUGCGUGCGCGUAAUUCCUCUGACCACGAGGCCACCGCCAUGAUGAAGACCCAGUUCAUGAUGCUCUGGGAUGGUCUGAAUACGGAAUCGGAUUCGACCGUGAUCGUGAUGGGAGCCACCAAUCGGCCUCAGGAUCUGGACAAGGCCAUUUUGCGUCGCAUGCCGGCUCAGUUCCACAUCGGGUUGCCCAGCGAGGAUCAGCGGCUGAAGAUCUUGCAACUGAUUCUGCGUCAGGAGAAACUGGCCAAGGAUGUGGAGUUUGCGCAGCUGGCUCGAAUGACCAACGGAUACUCCGGAUCGGACCUGCGCGAGAUGUGCCGCAAUGCUUCCGUCUAUCGAAUUCGUAAGGUAAUGCGCGAAAAGAAUAAGGAAAUGGCUGCGGCGGCGGCGGCAGCAGCAGCAGCGGCGGCGGCCUCAACAUCUACCGAAUCCGGUAGCAAACCGAACGGUAUGAUGAAUGGCAACUGCUCCACGGCUGCGGCUGUGAGUGCGUCCUCCUCCGCCGGGUCUCCAAUGCUGGAUGAAGCUCCAGCCAUCACGAUGGAAGAUCUAGUGGAAUCAUUACGCAACAUGAAACACUCCAAAUACAAUUCGGGGCACUUGAAUGAUGCUCGCAUAGAUUUAGACUAAGUGCGCUUUUAUCCAGUAGCAUUGAAAAAAAACUUUCUGCUUAGGAAUGAAGGCGAAAUUGAGCUUAAUGUACGCAGAUAUAGCUCGCUAGAAAGGAAAUAAUUGUGGUAGAUACUGUAUUUCGAUAUGAAUUACGUAUUAUUUUUUCUCUGUUUUAAUAUUUAAUAUAUUUGAAAACGUUC